AUCCGACAGCCGGUGGGUCCAGGCCAUGGGGCAGCUCUGGGCGGUGGGGAGCGCGGAGGGGACGCCCGCGCGGCUGCCUCUCGUGCUCACUGCGCUGUGGGCCGCGGCUGUGGGCCUGGAGCUGGCCUAUGUGCUGGUUCUGGGUCCCGGGCCGCCCCCGCUGGGACCCCUGGCUCGGGCCUUGCACCUAGUGCUGGCCGCCUUCCAGCUGCUCAACCUGCUGGGCAACGUGGGGCUCUUCCUGCGCUCGGACCCCAGCAUCCGGGGCGUGAUGCUGGCCGGCCGCGGUCUGGGCCAGGGCUGGGCUUACUGCUACCAGUGCCAAAGCCAGGUGCCGCCCCGCAGUGGGCAUUGCUCCUCCUGCCGCGUCUGCAUCCUUCGCCGGGAUCACCACUGCCGCCUUCUGGGCCGCUGUGUGGGGUUCCGCAACUACCGGCCCUUCCUGUGCCUGCUGCUUCAUGCUGCGGGCGUCCUGCUGCAUGUCUCUGUGCUGCUGGGCCCUGCUCUGUCAGCCCUCCUGCGAGCCCACGCGCCCCUCCACACCGCCGCCCUCCUCCUGCUGCCCUGGCUCAUGCUGCUCACAGGCAGAGUGUCUCUGGCUCAGUUUGCCCUGGCCUUUGUGACCGACACGUGUGUGGCAGGUGCACUGUUGUGCGGGGCCGGGCUGCUCUUCCAUGGGAUGCUGCUGCUGAGGGGCCAGACCACAUGGGAGUGGGCUCGGGGCCAGCACUCUUAUGACCUGGGCCCUUGCCACAACUUGCAGGCGGCCCUGGGGCCCCGCUGGGUCCUCGUCUGGCUCUGGCCCUUCCUGGCCUCCCCAUUGCCUGGGGAUGGGAUCACCUUCCAGACUGCAGCUGAUGCGGGCCUCGUGGCUUCCUGACUCCAGAAGGAGCCGGAGCUGUUCAGGGAGAGGGUAGCCGGAAAGGGGGCUCCUAACUCCUUUCGGGCCCAUCUCCAGCCUCCCGUCCCGUCCUUGGCCUUGCCCCUGCCCAGCCUGGACUCCAGUGUCCAGGGCUUGGGUCCUGCAACUCUGCCUCUGUUGGCCCCCCGAGUAGAGUGGACAGUUGGUAAGGGGCUGCUUGGCCAGCCUAGUCACCCCUUUGCUGGGUUAAUAAAGCGCCCACUUGGUUCUUGGACUCUCUCCAUCUUUCUGGGUUUCUGGUCCCUCGCUGUUGCCCAGGCUGCUGUUUCUGGUUUCCUCUGAUUGCCACGCAUGGGAACCACAGAAUGCCUGAGUGCUUAAGGGACCAGAGCUCUUCCUGUGGCUUUGGUGUGGGGGGCUGGGGCACCAGCAGACCAAGGUGGCGUGUGGUGAUCCAGGGAACGAGAAUCCAACAUUCUUUCCCAGGUUCAGUGCUUUAUGGUUAGAAGCCUCUCCAUAACACUCACUGUGCCUCCCUCUGGCUACUCUGGUACCAGGAGCAGCAAUUAUGACGGUUGAUGUGAGAAGAUCAUGGGGCAGUGAAUGGAGGAGUCAGGAUUUGAACCCAGAUCUUUGUGCUUUCUCCUUCACCCUUGCACAGCUAAGGAAAGUGAGUAGCAAAAUUGAGGCAGAGAAAUCAGGUGGAUGUUCAAGCAUCAGCUUCUUCAGAAGCUACCUGUUAAACAUUUUUAUUUAAAUAUAGUAAAUAGACUCCCAGUUAAAUGUAGCAGGUUUAAAUACAUGGGUUUACCUCUGUUUCCUUUUAAAAUCUAAAAUGAUAGUAAAGACAUAAAACAGAUACAAAUUUACAAGGACAAAGAAAAUAGAAGGGAGACAGGAAUAGAUCAAAGAGCCUGAUGACAUUCUGAAAGAUGGGAAGUGGAUGGGGGCUCAUUUCCUCUCUUAGCAGAGAAUUAGAAGUUAAUUCCUAGAGGGGCCAAG